UGUGCCAAAAAAAAAGAAAGAAAGCUCAACGGAGCAACGACGGAGUUUGUACAAUCUUUGCCAUUGCCCAUCUAUUUGUAUAAUUUCUCAUCUCUUUAGUCUCGGUCUUUGCUCUUCCUAUAGCCUUAAGCCCGUCUUUUUUAGGGUUUACUUUUUCUCGUCGCCAUUUCUUCGUUACUACUUCGGCUUCGCGUGCUUUGAGUGAAAGCAGCGUUUUGAAAGAGUCCGAAGCUUCUCCGCCUCCUUCAGCGACGUCGGAUCGGAAGUGUCGACAGGAGCUCGCCGCGAAGGAUUUGGACUAAAUCAUGAAUCUAAAGAGCCCCUUAAAUUUCUCCUGCAUGUGUAAUCGACUUUGAAUUUGUGGGGUUUUGGGUUACUAGUUGAGCAGCCUUUCACAAUGAGUUAGCAGGUGCGCACUUCUUAUGCAUGGGAAGAUAUUAGUAAAAACAUAAGCUACCAUAAAAUGAAGCACAUCUUAAAGAUUUUGGGAUUACUUGUUGCUGUAUCUGCUGUUUGGAUUGGCCUAUUGGAAGCAUCCAUUGUUCCAAGUAGCCAUGCUUGGCUGCUUCCAGUAUACUUGAUUGUUUCAUUGGGAUGCUAUGGUCUUCUAAUGGUUGGAGUUGGUUUGAUGUUCUUCCCAACUUGCCCUCAAGAAGCUCAAUUGUUACAUAAGGAUAUUGCAGAAGCUAAGGAAUUUCUGAAGAAGAAAGGACUUGAUGUGGGCUUGGAUUAACUUGAGACAACUUUUAUAUGUUUUGUUUGGCUUUGUUUGGAAUAGCUUUCUAACUGUUUUCUUUAGAUUUUUUUUAUUAGAAAUCUGCUUUAGAAAAUAGUAAGAAAGCUGUCCCAAACGAAAUCUUAUUGUUGUGGAGUUUUGAAAGCAACUUCAUUCUAGGUUUUUGUGAAUUUCGACUCUAAAAAGAAGUUAGAAAAUUUGCCCAUGUAAUGUUAUUUUAAAAUUAUUAUAUCAAAAUUUGUUCAAUUUUUUGUUCA